UGAGAAUAUUCACCACCACCUUAUUUACGCUCUCCCAACUUUCUUAGCCUCCAUAAAGAAUCUUUCCUUUUUCAAGAAAACAAAAUGGACCGUAAUGGAAGAGAUGACAUCAAGGUCGAGAAUGGUUAUGAUUUGGAGGAUGAUCACGAUCACAAAAAGAAGGACAAGAAAGAGGAACAAGAAGAAGAGUUUUCAGUGGAAAGAAAGUUUGAGAAUCAAGAAGUGCCAUCAUGGAGGAAUCAGCUGACACUGAGGGCCUUUGUGUUGAGCUUCGUGUUGAGCAUUUUGUUCACCGUCAUAGUAAUGAAGCUCAAUCUUACAACUGGUAUCAUACCUUCCCUCAAUGUCUCUGCUGGCCUUCUGGGGUUCUUUUUUAUCAAGACCUGGACAAAGUUCCUUGAAAAGUCUGGCCUUUUGAAGCAACCCUUUACUAGGCAAGAGAACACUGUUAUCCAGACUUGUGUGGUUGCAUCCUCCGGCAUUGCCUUUAAUGGAGGCUUUGGGAGUUAUCUUUUUGGAAUGAGUGACACCGUGGCCAAACAAUUAACUGAAGAUAGUGAUGCCUUUAAAAAUCCAUCUCUGUCUUGGAUGAUUGGCUUUUUAUUUGUUGUUAGCUUUCUUGGACUCUUUUCGGCGGUGCCUCUUCGAAAGGUCAUGAUUAUAGACUUCAAAUUGACAUAUCCAAGUGGCACUGCAACUGCUCAUCUCAUCAACAGCUUCCACACUCCUGCAGGAGCCAAGCUAGCAAAGAAACAAGUGAGAGUAUUGGGCAAGUUCUUCUCAUUCAGCUUCUUGUGGGGUUUCUUUCAAUGGUUCUACACUGCAGGAGAUGGUUGUGGAUUUGCUGAGUUCCCCUCACUUGGUCUUAAAGCACAUGAAAACAAAUUUUUCUUUGAUUUCUCAGCAACAUAUGUUGGAGUUGGAAUGAUUUGCCCAUAUAUCAUAAACAUAUCAGUAUUGCUUGGAGGAAUUCUUUCCUGGGGUCUCAUGUGGCCUCUCAUAGAUACAAAAAAGGGUGACUGGUAUCCAGCAGACCUCAAACCAGGCAGCUUACAUGGCCUCCAAGGUUACAAGGUAUUCAUUGCCACUGCCUUGAUCUUGGGUGACGGUCUGUACAGCUUCUUCAAGGUUCUAAGCCGAACACUCGCUGCAUUGUUUUGUCAACUUCGUGGGAGAGAUGCAACUGGUGCUCUGCCUGUUGCUGACCGUUCCUCUCCUGAGACAUCCAAGAUCUCCUAUGAUGAGCAACGUCGCACCCAACUCCUUCUCAAAGAUCAAAUUCCAACAUGGUUUGCUGUUGCUGGUUAUGUGACAAUUGCUGCCAUCUCCACAGCCACCGUUCCGCGUAUAUUUCCCGAACUAAAAUGGUAUUACAUAUUGGUUAUCUACAUCUUUGCCCCAGCCCUUGCAUUCUGUAAUGCUUAUGGUUGUGGACUCACUGAUUGGUCCCUUGCUUCCACCUAUGGGACGCUUGCUAUUUUUGUAAUUGGGGCAUGGGCUGGUGCCUCUCAUGGUGGAGUUCUUGCAGGACUAGCAGCCUGUGGAGUCAUGAUGAAUAUUGUCUCCACAGCCUCUGACCUAUCUCAAGAUUUCAAGACUGGUUAUUUGACCCUUUCUUCACCUCGGUCCAUGUUUGUGAGCCAGCUAAUUGGCACUGCAAUGGGUUGCAUGAUUUCCCCGUGUGUAUUUUGGCUUUUUUUUAAGGCCUUCAAGGAUCUGGGGACUCCUGGAAGUGAAUACCCUGCUCCUUAUGCUACUGUAUUUCGAAACAUGGCUAUAUUGGGGGUAGAAGGAUUCUCCUCUCUACCAAAGAAUUGUCUCUAUCUUUGUUAUUGGUUCUUCGGUGCAGCAAUUCUGAUAAAUUUGAUCAAGGAUGUGUUGGGUAAGAAACGGGCUAGGUUAAUUCCCAAUCCAAUGGCAAUGGCUAUACCUUUCUAUAUUGGCUCAUACUUUGCCAUCGACAUGUGUAUAGGAAGCUUGAUUCUAUUUAUCUGGGAAAAUAUUGACAAGGCAAAGGCUGAUGCUUUUGGGCCAGCAGUGGCUUCUGGUUUGAUUUGUGGGGACGGGAUAUGGACUUUGCCUAGUUCGAUACUUGCUCUAGCAGGAGUGAAACCUCCCAUUUGCAUGAAGUUUUUGUCAAGGAGAACAAAUGCUAAGGUCGAUGCGUUCUUAGGGUCAUAUAUUUGAAGUUCAGAUCAACUUCAAUAGAAACUGUGAGUUAGAGCUGAAUUGCUUCCUAGACUAAGGUUAAGAAGUUUACAUAUGAAGUUCGACUCAAAAAUGCUGUAGAUAAUCACCUGCUAUUUGUGGAGUCAACAACUAUUUUCUCUACAAUCAUUUCUGGAGAAGAGAAUCAAAUGUCCAUUUACUUAUAUGUGCUUGUUAGUCAAUCCUUGGAAAUAUGCUUGUAGUUUUUUUCUUGUCUAGUUUGAAGAAGAUAGUGGCAGAUGCAUCAAACAAUGUGCAAACGGAAAAUCACAGUACCCUUUGUGAACUUUAAACAUAAUAUCAAAAGUGAAUGUGCAAAUAUUACAGGUAGCAGGCAUGUUGAUUUUGAACAUGGUGCAGUUAUCUUUGUUGAUUUCUUCUUCCUUA